AUCAGAAAAUGCAUGGAUAUUUGCAAAAUCAAAUGCAGUACAGGCCAUUGGGGUGAUGUCUUUUGGAGAUAUAUUUGAAAACUACUGUAGAGAUGACAACCUUGCUACCUUUGGAAGGUUUUGUUAUGGAGUUACUGUAAUUCUGACCUUCCCUCUUGAAUGUUUUGUCACUAGAGAGGUGAUUGCCAAUGUAUUUUUCCAUGGGAGCCUCUCAACAGUUUUCCAUAUUGUUGUGACGGUAAUUAUCAUUGCUGUGGCGACUGGUGUAUCAUUAGUGUAUGAUUGCCUUGGAAUAGUUUUAGAGCUGAAUGGAGUUCUGAGUGCUACCCCACUUGUUUUUAUCAUCCCAACAGCGUGUUAUCUAAGGCUGUCUGAAGAGCGAUGGAACCAUUCAGAUAACCUCAUCUCCUGCCUGAUUCUUGCUGUUGGUUUGCUCGUGAUGACAGUUGGGUUUGUUUUGACUAUCUUGCAUCCCCAGGAGUGUAGCCAUGGAAAAGAAAUGUUCUACUGCUUUGCUAAUAAUGUUUCUUCUCACAACAGUACACUUCCCCCAUAGGUAAUGCUCUGAUCUCUGAACUAGACGGGGGGCAUCUUCCAGCAAACCAUAUGUUCCAGUUUAAACAUACCUGGAACAAAGAUUUUGUUUUCAUAUGCACAUAACUAUAUUUACCUACUUGAUUUUUAUACUGCCAUCCUGUUUCAGAUAAAACUUAACUUUUGAAACAGAAACUUUCAGAGGUGCUUUGCUGUAGACAUUUACUUGUAUAACUGACAAACCUAUCAAAAAGGCUGUGUUUGUUGUUAGUAAGUCACCAAUACAGCUUAAAAACUAGGUGAAAUGUAUAGAAAUGUAGACAUCUCCUAUGUUUCAUUGCUUUUCUUAUUUUUAUUAUUUUUUAUAAUAAUUGUAUAUUCAUUAAUAUACUAUAGUAUGGAGGUUUUUUGCUAUCCUGAGAAAAAAUGUCUGGGUCUCUCUCCAUGUAUUCAACUUGUGCUGUUAAAAUGGAAAAAAACUAUUAAUUCUAUCUUUUAUUUUACAAUAGCUUUAGAGCUGAAAGCAUACCUUGCACUAGUGCUUCAGUCAAGGGUGAUUUUGUAUUCUAAUUGAACUGUAGCUGAUAGAAUCCAACUGUAAUUUGUACCAUUCAUGUUCUGAUCAAAAGGUUUUGCAUGAGCCAAUCUGCAGAGCUGAAUUUUAAGAGUCAGGUGAACAUCCUUUGUAAAAAUUCUAAGGUACAGAAGAAAAUCUGUGUAACAACCACAUCUUGAUUUUUAUGUUUAUAACUUAUUUCUGAAACUGGUCUGAAGAAUUGAUACGCACCCAGCAUAUGAUUCAUUUCAAUAUAUAGUAGUCUGUCUCAGCUUUGGUCAUGGUCUGUUAAAUUUUGCUGAUUUUUGUCUUGUUCUCCAAAAUUCAUUUAACAUUUAAGGAUUUGUUAAUGUUAGAGGUAUAAGUAUACCCAGACACCUAUAGAAUGAGUAAUUUGUUACUGGUAAAAAUCUGAAGGAUUGUCCUUAUCCCCUCUAUAAAUGCUGGACUUUUAAAAAUGCUUUGUAUCAAGUCAAGCUGUGUAUUUUGCAUUGGCAGCUUUUGAUUUAUCUAGAUUAUUGGGAUUCCUUGUGCUAACCAGACUUCAACAACUGGUUCUGUAAUGCUACUCAGUUUUUAUACAGCUAAAUGGUAAUGCUUUCUGUCUCUGUUCGUCCUGCUUGACAAAGCUAUUUCGUUCAAAUCUUUUUUGCUAAUUAAUUCUUUAAGCAAGGGCCAAGCAAGGUGAUGAUAAUACUAUACUAGCAUAUUAUGGAAGCACUGUGUUUUUUGUUUUUUUUGAAGUAAAUAUUUUUAAAUACUGUUGGUUUGUUUUGUUGUUUAUUUUUUGUGGGGAGAGAUGUUAUUUAGGAGGUUGAGAGUUUUUGGGAGGGUAGAUUUGGUUUUUAUUUUUUCCCUUUAAGUUGUAAAGCUGUCUGAGAGAACUGUGAGUAAACAUUCUAAGUUUCUCUACCUAGAAUCAGCUUUGAGGGUGAUACUUCAACUGCCCAGGUACUUUUUACUAUUGAUAGAAUAUUUUUCUCCA